GGGAAGGUUGGACACGGAAUCGCGUGAAUGGCGCUUAACGGUGGAUGAGAUCUUGGUGAGGCCGGAGAGUAGGAUCAGUCCCAACAAUCGAGCUCGUCCGCCUCCAAUCCAAAGCCUGGUGUAGCCGAUUACUCAGCCGACCAGUCGGGAGGCACCUGUCAGGCGUUGCCGGCGACCCGAGGAAGCGCGGUGGCGGCGCUUGAACCUCUUUGUUUUUCUUGUCUGGUUCCUCCGCCUACUUUGCUGAAGAAGUUAGAUUGUUCAUGGAAGAGCAUAAAAAAAUGCAUGAAUCACUCGGAGGGGAUGCCAUGAGCGAGAUUACUAGUCCAUCUGCACAAUCUCACAGUAUUCGCCUGAGAUUAGAUUUGUCUAGACAGAGGAUUUUUUUGAGGACAGCUUCUAUGGGUAGGAUCAGUGCCACAGGAUCCUGGCGGCUUGGCUCUAUCAGACCAAAUCUGAUAAUUGAAGGAAUACCUACCAACGCCACUACACCAGCAGGAACUGAUGGUGAUCGAACAAGAGCUGUUGAUAUAGAUGAAAAUGAUCUGAGACCUGGUUCACUAUGUAGAAUGAGCACGAGGGGUUCUUGGCAGAGUUCAGUUAGUUUUUCCAGUGAGCAUGGGGACAAAGUCAUACUGCCACAGGAAUUGGUGGAUAGAGUAGAUAGUUCAUUAGCUCAAGUGGGAUGUAGAGGGACUAGAAUUGACGAUAAGGAAAAUGAGGAUGGAUUGUUGACCUUUGCCGAUGAUGCAUUAAUAUUAUCAUUUGAUUCUCAGUCAAAGGUUGUCAGCUUGCCAUCAAAUGUGACUCCGUUAUCAGAAGAAAUUGUGUCUCCUCUUCCAACUGAUCCAAUGAUGUCCACAAAGGGAAAUAAUCAAAUGUCAUGUACUGAUAAACAAUACAAGCUUCCAUUUUUGCUGGACUACAUUUCAUACUUGAGCCAUUUAUCCGUCUUCGGAAUUCUUGGGGUAUAUACAAGAUAUUUGUUACAGAAGCUCUUUGGGCCUGACCACUUGAAUCUCACAGGUGAAAAUAAUCCAUUGUACCUUGAUCUGCCCUCCAAUAUGUUGGGUUCCUUCUUGAUGGGGUGGAUCGGAUUUGUGUUCAAGGCAGAUAUUCUCCUCGUGUCUGAUCAUUUGCAGGUAGGAUUAAGCACAGGCUACCUGGGCAGUCUCACCACAUUCAGUGGAUGGAACCAGAAGAUGGUUGAAUCAUCUUCCAAAGGCCACUGGGCUGAUGCAAUUGCCGGCACCGUACUUGGGAUUUUUCUCGUCAACUACAGCAUCAUAUUUGGAAUUGGAUGUGCUGGGAGACUUCGUAAAAGAGUUAUUGGACGGGGUGACGAUUCGAUAAGGAGAAGAACAUCCAGCCUGGAAAAAUGGAGGGUGGAUAACUUCAAUAAGCAUGUGGCUAUACUGACUGCUGCUUUACUGAUAUGGUUAUUGAUAUGGAUCUUGAGUGCAGAAUUCUUCAGGCUCAAGCUCGACGAUCUCAGUAACUCCGCCGUUCCUUGGCUAGCUUUCUUGGUGGGUCCUCCAGGUGUGUGGACACGCUGGCACUUGGCUAGGUUAAAUGGUCAAGGUCUAGGAAGGAAAAGAGUGCUCAAGUGGCUACCGAUCGGAACACUCCUAGCCAAUGUCCUUGCAGCAUGUAUCAUGGCUGCACUCGCAACAAUUAGCAAAGCGGUAAACACAGACAGAUGCACAAUUAUCAUAAGUGGGAUUCAGUUAGGGUUUUUGGGGUGCUUGAGCACUGUUUCUACUUUUGCUGCUGAGAUUUAUGCUAUGUGGAAGACUGGUCAUGGCUUGAAUGCUUUCUUGUACAUUGCUGCUACCAUCACAAUAUCAUUUGCACUAGGAACUCUUAUUUACUCAGUUCCUGUAUGGAUCAAAGAUUACAGAUGACAAAUUGUUCCAUAAUCACAUCCACAAAUGCAGUCAUCGGCUACUUUUGAUUCGAUCCUCAUCUUGCCUCGCCUAUUGUAUAUAUAUAUUACAUUGUAAAUGAACUAGUGCGAUAAAGAACCUAGCAAAAGCGAUCAGGUUUGUAAGAAGAGUUCAUGUUACCUAUUUGCCAUUGUUUAUUGUUCACUUGGUCACUAAUUGAAAUAAAAUGUGAUAUCAUUCAUUUCAAA